AUGGCCACUCUUAACGGAGGUCUCUCCACGAACGGUCUCAAGGCUCAUCACGAUCACUUCACCACCAGAGCCAUCCACGUAGGAUCAGAGCCCGAUCCAGUGACUGGCGCCGUGGUCCCAAGUCUAGGCGUAGCCACCACUUUCAAGCAGGAUGGAGUCAACAAGCACAGGGGGUACGAAUACGCUCGGUCGGCCAAUCCCACCCGGACCCAACUGGAAGCUUUGGUCACGUCGUUGGAAACGUCGCCGUAUUUUGCAAGUGGAGAAGACUCUCAUGUGGACGUCUCUGGCGCGGCUAGCUUUGUUUUUGGAUCAGGAUCGGCAGCAACCGCCGCAAUGUGCGUUUGGGCAGGUCUGCAGGCGAACGAAGGAGGUGGAGGUGGGAAAGACGGCGUCAACGGUGGUGGAGGCCAUGUUUUGGCCGUCAAUGAUGUGUAUGGAGGAUCGGCCAGGUACUUGGCUCGAACGUCUAAGUCUACCGGACUGGAAGUGACAUUCCUCGAUAUGGAAAAGGCGGGUGAAGAGGGAAUCAGGAAAGCACUCCGACCAGACACUAGGCUCAUAUGGCUGGAAGCUCCCACCAACCCACAACUCUUGGUUCCGCCUCUUCCGACCAUCGCCAAGAUCGUUGAUGCUCUCCCCAUCGAGACUCGUCCACUCGUGAUCGUCGACACCACCUUCCUCUCUGCCUUCUACUUUACUCCCUUGAUCCCAAGUGGCCCAGGGGUGCUUCCUCUGGGAGAUGUCACUCUUUCAUCACUCACCAAGUACGGCUCGGGUCACUCGGACAUCAUCAUGGGCUCUCUCACCGUAUCUCAACAUACCGCCCGCACUCGACCUAACGUUCUCAAGGGCCUCCAAUUCCUACAAAACUCCCUUGGAGCAACAGCCAGUCCUCGUGAUUGUCACCUGAUGAUCCGCAGUCUCAAGACUCUGAGCGUGCGGAUGAUCCGACAUGGAACAAAUGCUCUUCGAAUCGCGGCUUGGUUGAGGGACCAGCCGGAAAUCGAGCAAGUGCGCUAUCCAGGCUUGACGACGGAUGGUGCGUUCCACAUGGUGGAAGCUCUUCUUUCGCCGAACGCGAGGCGAGAGUUGGAAUUCUUUGGCUGGAAAUUCCCCUUCGAGCCGUCUACGGAUACUUCCAAUAGCAUCGACUCCCUCGCCGGCAUCAGGACCCUAGGUAUCCCGUUCGGCGGCAUGGUGUCAUUCAAGCUCAAAGGGGCGUCGGCGGCACAGAUUGACACGUUUGUCACCAGUCUUAGGUUGAUCACAUUGGCUGAAAGUUUGGGAGGGGUGGAAAGUCUUAUAGAGGUACCUGCUGGUAUGACGCACAAGGAACUGGGAGAGGAAACACGUCUGGCUCUCGGAAUCACUGACAAUUUGGUGCGCUUCUCGGUUGGGAUUGAAGACGUCGAAGAUCUCAUUCAGGACUUGAGAAUUGGUUUCGCUGCAAUUCGUCAGUAG